GGACGCUUCGUGCGGCACGUCUCCAAAGAGGAUCUUGCCAAACCGAUCCCACCCUCUGCCCCUAAAUCAGGCGAGAAUGAGGAUGUACGCCGACAGAAGCUCAGUCUGAUGAUGAACUCUGCUUCAGAUCACGAUGGCGGUGACGACCAGGAUGAGGGUCGCGCAUUCAUCGACUUAUCCGGUCCUGUUGGUACAUCUGGUGUUAGCCCCGGAGACUCCAGCAACGGUAAGUGCUAUACGCUGCCGUCUAAUACCUCUUCACAGAAACUACAUAAUGCUAACCAAACUCUAGUACCAUUCCUUUAUGUCUACGAGCACCAUACAUGCAACCCAAAGCUGACAUUCGGCCCUCAAAGCACCCUACGACUGAUCCGCGAAAAGAAGAAAUCAAAUGACCUUGUCCUUUACCUCAAAGAAGUCGACGGCAACGCACCCGUCCAUGUCGAAUACUACCGUUUCAAACAGGGCUACACUCUGCGUUUCAAUGACUGUGGUACGACGAAGCAGAAGAAACGACCAAAGACCGCAGACAGCAGCACCGUCACCACAGAAGAAAAGAAGGGGAAGGACAAGGCGAAGGAAGCGAACAAGAACAUCGCUCAAAGCGACACGGGUGAGAAGAAAUCCAAUUUCCCUAAGGGCGCCGAGGUUCUGUGGUACAAGGAAUUUCAUAUCUAUUUCCCAACGAACCGCUGGAAUACUGGUUUCCGCUACGGCACUUGGACGGACGACUAUGUGGAGGGGUAUGGCACGUACAACGAAGCGAAAUCAAAACAUAACGUGGUGGACUUUCCACGUUUUGUGAAUGAGCUAGAGCGAUGUUUCAAGCAACAGGAUAUCGACAAGAACGCGGCGGUCGAGGAGACAGUCGGGAAAGACGGAAAGAUUAAACGAAAGGGAAGAGAGUAAAAAAGGCCACAGCGAAGCCCGAAGUGGAAGACGCGGGGGGAAGGAGAGUUUAU